AGGCCUGCAACAAAGCUUAACGGUCAAACGUUUCAGAACAGGACAGGCAGAUUACAAGGACAAUACGUUACCCAGUCGUCACCACCACAGGUGUGUGGUGCACAGGAAACUUUAAAAAUAGGUUGGUCAACGGAAUUGUCAUUGUGGUAGGUUAGACUGGCACAUUGUUACCCGAAAUGAUUACCGCAUCAGGUCAUCAUGUAAUCAGAAUUCGGCACAGGAUCAGGGACUUCGUUUGCGGUCGCAAUUGUAGGUGAUUCGAAUGUUUAAUAUCUGAUAACAGACCUCGCGUUCUAUGCACGUCACCUGUGCCAUGGCUUGGACCCUCGACGUCACUUUUGCAGGACCGAGUAUUCCACCAGUUUGUAAUGACAGCCCAAAUCGCGAACUAUCGUAUCUUCACAUCGUUCGCUCGGUAUCGCCGCAGAUCCCUGCCACAAUCCUCAUCCUCGGUAUCGCAUCAAGGAUACAUCCAUGCGUCUUCUUACCAAUUGGUCUGCAUCCAUCCCAAAGUGUUGCCGUUAGCUACACGGACGCGGCGAGAAACAUAGAUGAUCAUGAUUACACAGCAGCACCACCCACGACGCUCGCUCAACGUGGCAAGGGAACCCAUGCUUCAAUUUUCAACUUCAAUUCGCUUAGAUACCUAAACGUGUCGCGCAGUGCUGAACUUGGGAGCAGCUUGAGUGUCAACUCGGUAUCAUGCUUCUCGUCUACCGUCAUUAAUGAGCCACUGCAACGCGACGAGAAACGUGGAUAGCGGGACCAUGUAUACCACAAUACCACAGCAGUACCAUGCACAGCGUUCGUUUUCGUUCACCGUGACACGCGAUAUGCCGGGCUAGGUCAACCUUCAGCUUUAUUUUGAAGUCGUUAGAUCUGGGAG